AUGCAUGGAAAGAUGGUAAGAAUAUUGCCAGCUUCCACACGCCCGAGCCGUCAUGUCGUCUAUCGGGGAGUUUAUCCGUUUAUCAGCCCAUCCGUCGGGGAACCAAAUGCCACCAAUAUGGACCAGACCAGACGCAUUUCAUAUCAGCUGAACCGCAUCACACAGGGAUGUCAAUCAGAACAAAGAGCGAACUGCCGCAGGCGGACUAAUCCUUCCAAAGCACCCAUUGUUGAGAAGUACGUAUGGCUGGUUUCUGAGGCAAGCACUGCACCUUGCCCAACCUGCCACGCCUUUCACUCUGCAAAAUUAAAGUCUGCAGUCCUGUAA